AAUAACAACCACCCAAAAUCACGUAUAAUAAUAUAUAUAUAGAUAUAUAUAUGUGUAUAUAUAUUUUUAUAUAUCGUCUUUAAUAACCGCCGUUUUAUCAAAAAAGAGUUGACGUGUCUUGUAAAAAUCGAGUGAACUUCAUUACGACACCGGUCGUGUGAAUCGCCGACACCACCGCUGCCGACACCGCUGCCGGGUUAACCACCACCGUAACGGACACCACGUGAACAACAAAUUCGUAUUCAAUUUCGCGUUAUAUAAUAUAUAUAUAUAUAUUUAUAUAUAUAAUUGUGUGUACGCGUGCUUAUAUUAUCUCUGUCUCUCCGUUUACAUUUCUCGGCGUAUGUGUGUGUCUCUCUCUCUCUCUCUCUCUCUAAUUUUGUCUCCGUGUUUGUAGUUUGUUUAUUAUACGCGGGUGAUACUCUCCGCACAGGAUUCUCUCUUGCGCAGGUCGAGUCGUCAAGAUUUACGACAAAAAUUAAUUUAAUUUUUUGAAAUCAAUCCGUUCGCUAUCCGCCGGUCGUGUACCCAUUCGUGCCAUUCGUUUUCGCCACCGCCCGAUCGAAUAAAAUCGAAACUACCACGUGAACUGUGCAGUAGCAACAUCAGCAGCAGUAGCAGCAUAAAAUAAUAUCAACCGGCUAGUUCGCGUAUAUAUUGCACACGUCAGACACGACACACUCUCGCCCACGACAUACUAUUAUUGCGCUUCACCCUUUCGUUCGGUCGCCGCCAAAAGUUAACACACACGCACGCGUGAGUUAUUAUUGUUAUUAUCGAAUUAUAUCGUCUGUACCAUGGAAUCGCAGAGCGCACAGGACACAGUGACCGUGGCCGCGGAGGUGCCCAACGACCCUGGGAAAAUGUUCAUUGGCGGUCUUAGUUGGCAAACUAGUCCAGAAUCCCUGAGAGAGUACUUUAGUAAGUUCGGAGAAAUAACUGAAGUUAUGGUUAUGAAAGAUCCAACGACUCGCCGAUCAAGCCGUGUUGCUGUAGCUGAUCAGACCGCUGGAAACGAAAACGAGCUGAAAUAUGUGUCAAGGGGAUUCGGGUUCGUUACUUUUGCAGAUCCGUCUAGUGUGGACAAAGUUUUGGCUCAAGGAUCACACGAGUUGGAUGGAAAAAAAAUUGAUCCGAAAGUGGCAUUUCCACGACGAGCACAUCCGAAGAUGGUGACUCGAACGAAAAAAAUCUUUGUCGGUGGUUUGUCGGCGCCAACAACAUUAGAAGACGUCAAAAACUACUUUGAACAAUUUGGACCGAUUGAAGACGCGAUGUUAAUGUUCGACAAACAAACAAAUCGACACAGAGGUUUCGGUUUCGUGACUUUCCACUCGGAAGAUGUAGUAGAUAAAGUCUGUGAAAUACAUUUCCACGAAAUCAACAGUAAAAUG